GUUGCAGCAAAACAUGGUGUGAAGCUGGUGCGCAAUGGCCACAUCAAGCGGAUCACAGACAAUGACAUCCAGUCACUGGUGCUGGAGAUUGAAGGAACUAAUGUCAGUACCACGUACAUCACAUGCCCUGCUGACCCAAAGAAGACUCUGGGCAUCAAACUACCUUUCCUAGUGAUGAUCAUCAAGAACCUGAAGAAAUACUUCACUUUUGAAGUUCAGGUGCUGGAUGACAAGAACGUUCGCCGGCGUUUCCGUGCAAGUAACUACCAGAGCACGACGCGGGUGAAGCCCUUCAUCUGCACCAUGCCCAUGCGCCUGGACGACGGCUGGAACCAGAUCCAGUUCAACCUGUCAGACUUCACCCGUCGGGCAUACGGGACAAAUUACAUCGAGACCCUGAGAGUUCAGAUCCACGCCAACUGUCGCAUCCGACGGGUCUAUUUCUCUGAUCGGCUCUACUCAGAGGAUGAGCUCCCAGCUGAGUUCAAGCUGUAUUUGCCUGUCCAGAACAAGGCCAAGGCAGCAGCUUCACACUUUAUCCCUGUGGCCAGCUCUCAAGACACCAGUGUAGCUGCCAUAUUUGCACCUUUAAAGCUGGUGAGAUUUGAUCUGGAGUUGGUGGCCAAGCACUCACCAGGAGCCUGGCCCUGGCAGGGCCCUGGCUGGAGUCAUCCCUUGUCCUGGAGGAGCUGGGCUGGCUCCAAGUAA